AUGGCCGUGAGCCCAACAGCAAACAGCCUGAAGAACACAAUGGGAUCCACACCUCUUGACGUUGCCUACGCUGGUUCCCGAAUCCCUAUUUUCCCCAAUUAUUCCGAUGACGAAUACUGGCAUGAAAUGUUAACGAGAAAGAUAACAUUCACCCUCUUGGCAAUCUACAGCAUUAUCUUCGCGUUGGGACUGGUAGGUAAUGGGUUGGUCAUUUUCAUCCUCGGCUUCUACAUGAAGAAGACGGUCAACACGAUCUGGUUUCUCAACCUGACCAUCGCAAACUUCAUCUUCACCUGCUUCCUUCCGCUGAGAAUCGCACACCACGCCCUGAAGCUUCACUGGCCGUUUGGCAAAGCCGUCUGCAAGCUCAACGACUCCAUAGCCUACCUCAACCUCUAUGCCAGUGCUUAUUUCCUCGCGGUCAUCAGUGUAGAACGUUGUGCUUCUGUCAGGAGCUCUGCCUGGGCUCAAAGCCACCGGAGGAAUUGGCUCGCUUGGUUGGUGGCUGGCGGGAUUUGGUUCCUGGCACUGGCGUCCUCUUCGCCGAGAAUCCAAUUCAGACACGCCGAACCGUCCCCCAUCGACGAAGAAGUCAUCAUCUGCUUCCUCAGUUAUGGCAGGAAAGCAAAGAUCAACCAUCACCUUAUCCUGAUAAGCCAGUACGUCUUUGCCUUCAUCGUCCCCAUCAGCGUGACCAUAGUUUGCCACGUGAAGAUCGAUCAGGGGCAGAGGGAUGGGGCGUGGUCGGCCAAGUCCUUUAAGGUCAUCAAAGAAGUAACGGUGAUAUUCUAUCUGUGCUGGCUACCCUAUCACAUUCUCUCUUUCUUUGAGACUCUGUACUUACAGACGUCAGCCGUGCUCACUGCUGGCCUUCCCUUGACAACGGGUUUGGCUUUCGCCAGUAGCUGCGUCAAUCCCAUCGUCUACGUAGUCGUGGGGUACGAUUUCAGUGCGCGGCCAAGACCUUCCUUCCUCUCGGCCUUCGAAAACGUCUUUGGUGAGGAGAGAAGCGACGAUGUGGCCAAGCCUGAGACGGAGACGAGCUCCCAGGACUUGUAA